AUGAAGAAGAAUGGGAAGUUGAGAGUAUGCAUCGAUUUUCGAGAUUUGAAUAAUGCUACCCCAAAAGAUGAAUAUUUUAUGCCUAUCGCAGAUAUGUUAAUCGAUUCUGCAGCUGGAAAUGAAAUACUUAGUUUUAUCGAUGGUUGUUCUGGAUAUAACCAAAUUUUUAUUGCAGAAGAUGAUGUGGCUAAAACUGCCUUUCGUUGUCCUGGGGCAUUAGCAUCUGAAAAUACUAUAGGGUGUAUGUUAGCCCAAGAUGAUGAAAAUGGGCAUGAGCGGGCAGUUUAUUACCUUAGUCGAGUUUUAACUGAUAUCAAAACGAGCUUCCCGAUGUUGCGCGGACGAUUGGGAAAAUGGAUGCUAGCAUUAACAGAGUUCGAUCUACAAUAUGUCCCAGCCAAGGCUGUAAAAGGGCAGGUCAUUGCAGAUUUUCUUGUAGAUAAUUCGGAAGAUCUAAAUGACCAGGGGAAAAAUGUAAUAGAAGUAAAAGUCGAUUAUUGGAAGUUGUAUUUUGAUGGGUCAAAACAUAAAGAUGGCGCAGGAGUUGGAAUUUUAAUUGUUUCACCAGAAAGAAUUCCGUCAAAAUUUGUAUUCGAAAUAAAAUAUCCUUGUUUGAAUAAUGAGGCAGAGUACGAAGCUUUGAUUUUGGGCCUCGAAAUCUUAAUUAAUAAGGGAGUUUUGGAAGUUCAGAUAUUAGGGGAUUCCCAGUUGGUUUUGAAGCAGUUAUUGAAAGAAUUUAAAUGUAAUAAUGAGAGGUUACAGAAGUAUUUGACGACUGCUUGGGAGUUGUUAACGUCUUUUCAAAAGGUUUCUUUGGUUCAUAUUCCAAGAAUUCAAAAUGAAAUGGCUAAUGAAUUAGCCCAGAUUUCUUCGAAGUACAAAAUCGGUUCAGGAACCUUUAAGAAAUUGGCCAGUAUUCAUCAGAUUUUAGUUCCUGCAAAUGAAAGGGAAGUUUGUGCAUCGAUGAAUGGGAAGAUGUUGAUUGGAGGAAGCCUGUUGCUAAGUAUCUGA